UACAGGUAUAGGCUAAGGGUUGAGAUAGCUGAUGACUCUGGAGUUGCAUCUUUUAUUUUAUGGGAUAGAGAAUGUAUGCAACUAAUCGGAAAGACAGCAGGAGAAUUAAGUGUUGUAAGUAUUAUGAUAUUAGACAUUACAAACAUAUAAUUAUUAUUUGACUAACUUUUUUUAUAUUUAAAAUGCCAUAGGAAUUUGGAAGCAGUGACAUGCCAUUCGAUGCAAGCGCUAUUGAUGUUAAAAUAGCUCUGUUCAAGAUUAAUGCAAGGGUUGAUGAAAUAGAGAUGAACAAUGGUGCCUACAUGGUGACGAAAGUGAACAUGGACCCUGAAAUGAUGGCCAAGUACAGCAAAGAAUCCAACCAUUCAAUUACUGAAGAAUCAUGCGUCACAAACUCCAAAUCAAGCGCAAAUGCAAAUACAAUCGAAACGGUGGAUUUGAGUGAUGAUGAGCAAAUCAACAAAAGGAAAUCAAAAGAAAUCACACCAACCGUCAUGAAAAAAAGCAAGGGGGUUGUGAUCAAAAAAGAGAAAAAUUAACUAUUCUGUUUGAAGAAUUACAUUUUCAGUAGUUAAUUUAUAGGAUUUCUCAUUCCAUCGUUUGUUUCUAGGAUUUCCCAUUCCAGCAAUCGUUUCUAGGAUUUCCCAUUCCAGCAAUUGUUUUCAAGAUUUCCUAUUCUAGCAUUUCUCUCUAGGAUUUCCCAUUCCAAAAAUUGUUUUUAAGAUUUCCUAUGCAAGCAUGUAUUUCUAGGAUUCCCCAUUCAAGUUUUAUUUCCUUACUUGUGUUUCAUUUUGUUCCACGUAUUUAACUAUAGAAUGUUACAUAUUUCAUAAAUUCCAUGAAAUACUAUAUGAAAUUUAAAUAACCAAUAAAAUAAAUCCAAGCACGGGGAGAAACUACAAUUGAAACAAAUGUUCAAAGACGUCAAAUGCAAUCAGCUGAUUUUUUGUACUUUGUAAAACCUAAAACAAACCUGGAAAAAUAAUUAAAACAAAUCUACUAUGUCAAGAGAUUUUUUUUUUUGAAGCUGUAUGUCAAGAGAUUUAUUUUAGCAUUAGCCGGAUUUUUGUUAUUGGAAUAAUAUUCUAUCAAGUACAAAAAACUACAAAAAUAAAAAUAUGAUAACUAUAGCCACUCUUACACAAAAAUAAAUACUAAAAUAGGAAAAAUCGAAUUAGAUAAUUUAAUUAACAUUAUUUUGCAGAUUGCAUGUAAUAUCCAGCAGGUCAUAAUCUAAUCUAAUUAAAAAAAUAAUGAAACUAUCAAGUUUAAAUUAAUUGAUUGAAAUGUUGUACACCACUAAUAGGAACACAAAAAAAACACAAUAAUAUGAACUGAAAAGAAAACGGUAAACAAUUGAAUACAAAAUUAAAUAUUGGGCUAAAAUUAGAUAUUGGGCUUUUAAAUAAUCAAGGAAUAGCCUCAAAAUUAAUUACCAUGACCACGUUUUAGGAGACAGUUACUUUUAAAAAUUCAUAUUUCAAACAAUUUAUAAAAUAACUACAAAAUCAUAAAACAUAAAAAUCGAGACACGGCUACCACAGAUUCACAGAAAUCACAAGAAAAGCAUAUCGGAAGAACGUUCGACGCAGGAAAGUUUUUUUCUUAUGUUUUACAAAAUAUAUACAAAUAUAAAAUUACUAUUUAUUUAUAAGACUAAAGUAUUCAGUUUACUAUGCAGGUGAUGGAAAAUCUUUAAAAGAGGGAAAACACAAAACAUGAAUCUCAAUUUCAUGAAAGGGAAAAAGCAUUCACUUUCAGCUCUAGAUCGAUCUUUGCGGGAUAUAAUGCGUUUUUCGAAUCCAGCAAGCUCAUGCCAAACUUUUGGUGGAAAAACUGUUGUUUUGGGAGGUGAUUUCCGACAAAUAUUACCUGUUAUUCCAAAAGGAAGUAGACAAAAUAUUGUUUUUGCCACAAUCAACUCUUCAUACCUAUGGAGUGAUUGUAAAGUUUUACGUAUCACAAAAAAUAUGAGGCUUCGUCAAGUUGAUAAUGAAGAAGAUCUGUGCAGUUGGAGCAAUUUUCAAAAUGGAUUGCAAGUAUAGGAGAUGGUACAAUUGGAAGUGUUGAUGAAGAACAUGCCAAUAUUGAUAUACCAAAUGACAUUUUGCUUAAAUGUGGGAAUGAUCCAGUGGAAACCAUUGUUCGAAGCACUUAUCCAUCUUAUACUGGUGAUGUUGUAGAUACAAAUUAUCUACAGGAAAGAGCAAUACUUGCUCCAACGCUUGAUGUCGUUGAAUCUAUAAAUCAGUACAUGAUCUCAUUGAACACUUGUGAAGGAAGACUGUAUCUAAGUUCAGAUACAAUGUGUAAAUCAGAUUCAACCACAAAAUUGUUGCAACAAAUACACACUCCAGAAUUCUUAAAUAGUAUCAAAUGCUCUGGUGUGCCAAACCAUGAACUAUUUUUGAAAGUGGGGACACCAAUCAUGCUAUUGAGAAACAUAGACCAUGCAAAUGGAUUGUGUAAUGGAACUCGCUUAGUGGUCACAAAACUUGGUAAUCAUGUCUUGGAAGCAAAGAUACUUAUGGGAGAUAAUGCAGGAGAAAAAGUAUUGAUUCCAAGAAUGACGCUAACUCCAGCAGAUCCAAGAUUGCCAUUUAAGUUCCAAAGGCGACAAUUUCCAAUUAUUGUCUCAUAUGCAAUGACAAUAAAUAAGAGUCAAGGACAAUCACUUUCUCAUGUUGGAUUGAUUCUGCAAAAACCAGUUUUUACUCAUGGCCAGCUAUAUGUUGCAAUUUCCAGAGUUAGAAGCCGUAGUGGAUUGAAAAUUUUGGUUUGUGAUAAUGAUAGUUCUAGAACAACGAAUGUAGUUUAUAAAGAGGUAUUCCAAAAUUUGUAG